AUGGCCAUUAACCUCUCGCAUAGGUCCACCACGACCUCUCUACGUUCGAGCAUCUACGACCACAUCGAGGAGAAUGGCAGAACUUAUCAUCGAUUCAGACAUGGCAAGUACGUCUUACCCAAUGACCAGGUGACUAAAAUGAUAAUAGAUAUACAGCACGCCUUAUUCUUCCUGAGUCUAGGCAGGCUCCACCUAGCACCUAUCGGGCCCAACCCUAAAAGUGUGCUCGAUAUUGGAACAGGAACCGGACUCUGGGCCAUUGAAUUCGCGGAGCAAUAUCCAUCAACACAGGUUCUUGGAACCGAUCUCAGCGCCAUUCAGCCCGUUCAGGUUCCUCCAAAUUGCCGUUUCGAGAUCGACGAUGCAGAAGACGACUGGAUUUUCAAUGAGCCAUUCGAUUAUAUUCACGGCCGAAUGCUCUUAUCCUGCUUCAAAGACCCGCGCUCCGUCUUCCAAAAAGCUUAUGAUGCGCUUGAUCCAGGCGGCUAUCUCGAGAUGCAAGACUUUGUCUUCCCUGGCUACUUUAUGGGCGAGCCACGCACCGAGACCUCCUUGUAUAAAUGGGGCCAGGUGAUCUGCGAAGCUUCGGAAAAGCUAGGCCGUCCAUGGGCUAAUGUGCCGAAAUAUAAGCAAUGGUUUGAAGAGAUAGGUUUUGAGGAAGUAGUGGAGAAGAAGUAUUAUUGGCCUCUUAGUGCGUGGGCUAAAGGAGACUAUUACAAGCAGAUCUCUGUAUAUGCCCAAGCGGAUUUACUUAAUGGAUUAGACGGGAUGAGCUUGAAGCUCAUGGGGUCAAUGGGUUGGUCAGCUGAUGAGGUCAAAGAGUUUCUGAUUGGGGUGAAGGAGGAUGUAAAGAAUACCGCUAUCCACGCCUAUGGUCCUAUGAGAGUAGUUUAUGGAAAGAAACCAGGAGUUAAACAUUGA